AGUGCUCCAGAUUCGCAAAGUAAUUCUGCAAAUGGUGAUCCAAUUGCUGCUUCUCUAACCGAUCAAGAUGAAGGGGAAACCAAAAUGCAGAAUAUGUCAGAUAUGCAAAUGUUUUUCUUCAAUAAAGGAAUAAUGGUUGAUCAUAAGACAAGAGGUUGCACUGGUAUAAAGGCAAAAGUGUCGUUCCCUAACAUUGAUUAUGCCUUCUUUGGAUAUGAUAUUUAUCGGGGCUUUCCGCUGGCAGAUUCACGUGACCCUGGGUUUACUUAUCCUAUUUUCAAAUCUGACUACUCAUAUAUGCAGCAAACGGCAGACUGUAGAUUUGCUAUGCCUAAUGGAUAUAUCGCCGUUGCUAGUGUCUCAUGUGUAACCUCGUUUUCCUCAACGGUGCUGGAAACUAAGAAAGGAUUACAAGAUGUUUUAUCGACAAUGACAGAAGUUAGUGUAGGUUAUAAGGCUUUUGCGUUUACUUCAAGUUUCGGAUAUAGAAAAAUGACCUCUACAAUGGAGAGAAAGAAAUCCGUUUACAUAAUAUCUUCGGCUACUUGUGACUAUUACUUUGUUAAGCUGCGCAAACAAAUGCCACCAUCAUUUGACGAUGAUUUCCUUAUUUGGCUGAGCAAACUUGAUACAUCUGAUUCCAAUACUACAUACAUUGAGUUUAUGGACAGGUUCGGUACACACUUUUUAUCAGAGGUCACGUUUGGUGCUAGAUUUUCAAAUGAGUAUGAAAUGUCUUUAAACGACUACCAUUCUUUUAUGGAGACUCAGUAUAGUGCUAGUGUCCGUGCAUCUUUUACUGGUAAGGUAAGUAUUGGUGCUGGGUUAAGUUUAGAAACAAGCCAGCGAAAAGCGGCACAAGAGUUCUCGGAGACAGUACAAACCCACACCCAAACUGUUGGAGCAGCCCCGCCUUCAAAUGGAGACGCAGUUACUUGGGCAUCUGAGGUGAGAAAUAACCCUGUUCCUUCUAAAAUUAUCUUAAAAGAUAUUGAGGAUCUGUUUGUACCAGAAUAUGUUGCUUCACUUGGAAUUGAUUACGAAACUAUCCGGUUUAACAUCAUUAAGUAUAAGGAGGAUUACAGACGAUACAGAGAAGAAAACAAUGCGGAGCUUUCAUUUCCUGAUGUAUAUAAUAAAACAGUGAUGUGGAACGUGAAGAAGACUCUGUCGGUAAAAGGCGGGACUCAAGGUCAAUGGGGUCAUAUUGAUUUCUGUCCAGACAGACAAUAUGCCAUAGGUUAUAACCUAAAAAUCGAACCAGAUCAAGGCAGAGGAGAUGACACUGCACUUAAUGCUAUAAAAUUGAUAUGUGCCAACAGGUUCGGGAAACUCACUGGGAAAACAAUUACGGCAUGGGAGAGCAGAUGGGGCUACUACAGAAAAGAAAGAUUAUGUCCUAAAGCAGGACAAACUGCCACUUUCCUAACUCGAUUUCGUCUACAAAUGCAUGAUAACGAUCAUAUUGCUGCAUCGUUUGCCACGUUUAAAUGUCAAGAUAUAAUGAAAACCACCAAUGAGAUUCAGCUAGAGAUAUUUCCAGGGAAAGGGGAGCCUUGGGGAAGAUAUUGGGUUGAGAGUGAAAGUUGCCCUCCUGAAUCGGCAAUAUGUGGUAUGAGAACGAAAGUUGAAGCGCCACAAGGUAGCGGUGAUGACUCCGCAUUGAAUAAUGUAAAAUUCUUCUGCUGUGCUCUCGACAUUACCAAAUAAGGAGUAUGUUUUUCGCAAGAACAUAAGUUCAUAUACGACAAAGACAGUGAUUUGAUUAAGAAAUAACUUGUUUUUCUUAUGAUUUACACAUCACAAUUGUUGCUUCUUUGAGGGUAACUGUAAAAUUUAAUACUAUUUUAGACUCAUAAAAAAGAGAAAGUAGUGAUAUUUUAAAACGUGAUAAGUCACGUGGAAUCAUGACACACGUUGAUAAAAUUGAAUGAAACUUUUUUGUUUAAAUUGUUUACUUCCAUGUUAUUUACUGUGUAUGUUAUCAAAUUCAAUUAUAUUUCUUAAUCUGCCGUUUUACAUGUAGGACAUAUACCUUUCUCGUAAGGGGCGUCCGUGGCAGAGUGGUUACGGUCGUGGGCUCGAAUCCCGACAGGGACUUUGGAUUCUUUUAUGUGAGGAAGCUAUUCAGCUAGCUUACAGAACGUCGGUGGUUUUACUCGGGUGCCCGUUCGUGCCUGAAAUAAAUAACGGAAGGGCACCUGAGGUUUUCCUCCACCAGUAAAGCUGGAACGUCGCGAAAUGAUCUAUACUGUGUCGAUGUGACGUAAAACCAAGUCAAAAUAAAAAAAACUUUCUCUGUUGAAUUUUACGUCGCACCAACACUGUAAAUCAUAUUCCAACUUUUUAGAAACACUUCAGGUGCCCCAUCUGUGCAUUAUUUCAGACACGAAUGGGCACAUGAGUAAAGCCACUGACAAUCUAUUAGUAAGCUUGAUGGAUUCCUCAUAUUAAAAAAAAACAAGUCCAUGCCGGGAUUCGAACCAAAAGGUGAAUGGAUCAAUGGAUUUGAAGCCAACGACCUUGACCGCUCAGCCAGGUAAGCCCCGGGAUGUAUACUUUUUUCUCCUAUUAGACAUGACUACUUUUCAGAGAAAUUGUGAAAAUUACAUCUAGUGAUAUACCAAAUACCUUUAUAUGACAAUGUAUUCUAUUUGAGUUUGAUAUUAAAGAUAUAAAAAAAGAACUUUACAGAAAAUAGCGUUGAUAUCUUUCACUAUUGAUAUACAUGUAUUAAAUUUUAAAUAAUA